AUGGACGACUCUGCAACCGCAAGCGAUCGGCGUGGCAUGUGGUCCAUGGUAAAGGAAGGCUAUGAAGGGCUUGUCAGUACCGUGAUCCGACCCCUGAGAGCUCAGUACGCCCCCUCAGAACUCGGACCAAAGCGUGCACAGAUUGGAGAAUUAUCUAUACAGCGCACAGAUCUCAAGCUUAAAAAUCCGGCCGGUUACACGCUCGAGUGCAGCUGGUGGAAGCCUCGCAAGUCUAAAACUGAACCUACCUCAGAGCAGGAGAAGCGACCGUGUAUCUUGGUGCUGCAUGGCAAUAGCUCCUGUCGACUUGGAGCUUUGGAAAUUUUAAUGUAUGCUUUACCAGCAGGUUUUACCGUCUUUGCACUCGAUUUCUGUGGUUCAGGACUGUCCCAAGGCAAGUUUGUAUCACUAGGUUAUCAUGAGCAAGCGGACAUUGCAACAGCAGUCAAGUAUGUGCGGAAGACUGGAGAAAUCUCAAGCUUGUGUUUAUGGGGACGUAGCAUGGGUGCAGUAGCAGCACUCAUGUACGCGGAGUCCGAUGCGACAAUCAAUGCAAUGGUCUUGGACUCGCCUUUUUCAAGUCUACCAAAACUUGCCACUGAGUUAGUGGAAGAUGGAAAACUAGGUGUACCGAAAAUAGCAGUUAAAUUGGUGAUGAGACUCAUUCGACGCGAUAUCAAGAAACGAGCCAAGUUUGACAUGUUUAAAUUAAAGCCAAUUGCCAAGAUUCACAAGUGCGUCGUACCGGCAUUUUUUGUGGUGGGAUUGCAAGAUGAGUUGGUGGGACCACAUCACGUGGAGGCAUUAUAUAAACUCCACAAUGGACCGAAUCAAUUAUUUAAGUUUCCAGGUGGACACAACUGUCAACGUCCAUUUAAUUUUUUUAUUCAGGCACUCCAAUUUCUGCGGGUGAUGGUGGGACUCAUGCCAUUACCGGAUGAUCUCUCCACAUUUGAUCUUUCACCAGAUGAGCGUCAAAAUCAUAUUCAAUUACAUAAAAAAGCGUCUCCGAAACGCAAGAAACCUACGCGUUUAUACAAGAAUCCGCUUGAGCCAGGACUCUCAAUCGAGGCAGUGCAUAAAAUGUCGAUCAAAGAGCUUAAGCAAAGUAUUGAUCGUGCCGGAUAUAGUGAUGUGACGUGUAUAGAGAAAAUAGAAAUGGUGGAGCUCGUGCUUAAGCUGUACGCACGAUAUAGGAGAUCAAGCAAGCAUGCUGCUGACGACAGGCAAAUCGUAGAGGAGAGUAAGGUUCCAAAUCCGACAAGUUCAGAAACUCGAUUAAGUACAGAAACCCGAUUAAUCGCCCCAGAUAAUUCAGACGUGGUGAGUGGAGAAAAGCAGCGUCGCCGUAGCGAAGGCGAUACACUUCGUACAGCUGAUGACUUUGAAGCGGCAGAAGACUCUCCAAGCCUAUCUAUGAUGAAAACUAGCGCUUCAAGUGUUCUUUCCGAAGCAGAGUUGGAUCGACGAUUGAGUAUCGAUUAUCCUAGUGAUUCAGAAAGUAAGUUGGAGAAAUAG